AGAAUAGAGAAGAGUUCGGAAGGGAUAGAGGACAGAUGGCACGGCGUCGACAUCGGAGCUCGCCGAUUGGUCCGAUCUAACUCCGGCGAGGGACAGAGGGCAGCGGCAGUGGCAGCGACAGAGGGAGGGUGGGUUGAGAAGAUCUUGAGAUGUGGUUUCAACUUUCAGUCUAAGAGACUCUAAACUUGCUAUAUUAUUUUGGGUUAUCACAAAAUCAACGGCAUUGGGGAUAUAUGAAACAAAGGUGCCAUUGGAGUUUAAUGCCAUCCUCCAGAUUGGUUGUGUCUGUAAAGUGGACAAAACAGGUAAGAAAAGAAAUAUCCAGGAUGCCUGGAGUCUGAGUGAACUACACAUGAAGACAACAACCGAAUGCUCUUAUCUGGAAAAAUCCAUAUAUUGUCUUUUACUUGUAUCACAGCACCUCUGAAGGACGAGCUAUAUAUAUUGGGUAUUUUCCUGCAUCAAGAACAAUAUCUGUUGUGGUGGUUAAUCCUUAUCAAAAUAAAGAUUUGUCACCGUCUUUUCUUGAAAAACAAUUCCGUGAAGCUUGCCAAGCUCUAUCUGUUGAACCACCUCCUCCUAGAAAUGGUGUUAUUUUCAAGGUGGACUAUGUUGGAUAUAUCAAGGAUGCUGAAAAGAUUUUGCAAAGAGAAAUAAAUGAGUACAGACAUGAACAUCACGGACCUAUAAUUGCUGUUAUUGAAUGCCCAAAUGCUCAAUCAAUGAAGUCAGGUAUACGAGCUCUAGAUGAUUUCCCAUGUGUGACCAUUCCUUCCAAUGCUCGCGAUAGUCACUAUCAGGUUCUUGGGUGGCAGCAAGUGGCUGCGAAAAUUGGAAUGCAACGUUGUGCUGCAUCGUCCCAGUGGUUGAAUGACAGAAUCUCUCUGUCAAGAUAUGCCCAUGUACCAGUGGGGACUUUUGAACUUGAUUGGCUUGUAUUUACAGCAGAUCUCAUCUUUUCAAGAGCACUACGUGAUCAACAACAGGUACUUUGGAUAUCUGAUGAUGGUGUUCCAGAUCUAGGUGGCAUUAAUGAGGAAGAUACCUGUUUUGCUGAUGAGGUCCAUCAACCUGUUCUUACAUACCCUGGUGCAUAUAGAAAAAUAACAGUGGAGCUAAAGAUUCAUCACCUGGCUGUAAAUGCUCUUUUGAAAAGCAACCAAGUGAAUGAAAUGGAAGGAGGUGCUUUGCUAGGAUAUGACCAGGACAUGCAUUCUGGAGCACCUGUUCAGAAUGAACAUGUUGGCUUUGAUGAGGAUACCGCAUGUGCACCUGCAUUUCGUGUCCUAAAACAGUUGAUCCAAAGGUGCCUUGCAGAUGCAGUCACGUUUGGAAAUGUAUAUGCUGAUGCAAUAUUGCAACAUCUAUAUCGAUGGCUCUGCAGCCCUGAAUCAAAACUUCAUGACCCAGCUCCUCACCGCAUACUUCACAAGGUGAUGCAAAAGGUGUUUGCAUUAUUGUUGGCCGAGUUUCGGAAAUUGGGUGCCACAAUUAUUUUUGCAAACUUCUCAAAGGUUAUUAUAGACACAGGCAAAUUUGAUCUCUCUGCUGCCAAAGCUUACUGUGAUAGCUUGCUUAAAACUCUGCAAAAGAGAUGUGUGAUCACUGGCGUUGGAGGAACUUCAUAUGCAUAUCUUGGACGACCAUGGGGACCUUUUGGAAGGGUUGUCUAUGCAUACACAUAUGUGGAUGCAUGCAUAAACCAUGUUGGCUGGGAUAACUUGGGCAAAACAGAGAACGAAAGAAGUGCUUGCUUUUAUGAAUACAGGUGCUAUGGGCCAGGUAGUUGCCCAUCAAAGAGGGUCGCAUGGGCUAGAGAAUUGAUAGACGAAGAAGCAGAACAGUUCCUCAUGCAUCGUUUCAUUGACCCAGAUUCACAAAGACCUUGGCUUGCCCAGAGAAUACCAUAUUCUGCGUAAAGUUAAUGGACGGAGACCUGCUUAUGCUUCCCAGCAACUAAUAUAAGAUCUGCAUAAUACGUUUUAUUUUUAAGUCUUUGAUUGGUCAAGUUAUGAGAGAAUAGCAUGGUGCCUUUUGAUGUAUGAACUUCCUCUAUAGAUUGUUUGGCUUACAUUUUGUGAACUUGUCCGAUCAGCUUGUGUUAAGAUUCUUUCAAAUAGUGUUUCAAAAGGGACAGUAUCAUUUUGAGCAAUUCAUGACUGAUGGUUUUGUA